AUGAUCUCGGUUUCUCCUCCACCUCAUUCUCAUAGUCCACCGUCGAAUGGUGCCUCAACAUCGAAUAGCAAUGGUCCAUCGUCAGAUGCCUGCAAUGGAAUUGUUGCCAAUCUUUUAUGCCAUCGACAGAGAACUAAUGGAGAAAGUGAAACAUUCGCUAAACGAGCUAUCGAAAGUUUGGUGAAGAAAUUGAAAGAUAAGAAAGACGAACUUGACGCUCUCGUAGCGUCCAUCACAUCUAAUGGGCAAAUUCCGACAAAAUGUGUCACUAUUCAACGAACUCUCGACGGACGAUUACAAGUCGCCGGUCGAAAAGGUUUCCCACAUGUUAUCUAUGCUCGUAUAUGGCGAUGGCCUGAUCUACAUAAAAACGAACUAAAACAUUUAAAAAUCUGUCAUUUAGCAUUUGAUCUUAAACAAGAAUACGUUUGUGUAAAUCCGUAUCAUUAUGAACGUGUUGUUUCACCUGGAAUCGAUCUCGCAGGAAUGCCGCUAGUACCUCGUUUUCAACUACUGGGUCACGGUGAUCCAUCGUCAUCAAAUGACCGAGAUCUUUAUUCUACACCCGAUGGAUUCCGCUAUAUGAAAGACUACAUCGAUGAGCAAAACUCACCCCAAGCUCUAGGAAUGGUUCAACAUCAAGCACCGGACACGACUAGUCCUAGCCCGCCACAUCCAUAUUCAACAAAUGGAAAUGCAGCAGCUACCUUGACUAGUUUUCCACCAGACGGAAACGUUCCUCUAUGGGCACAAUCAACACCUAGUGUUGCUAAUUUAUGGCAACCACAUCCUCUUGUUCCGACAAGUGCACCUACACUUCCAUCAUUGUCAUUAAUAAGUAAUUUUGGUGAAUAUUGGUGUAGUAUAGCAUAUUAUGAACGUGAUAUUCAAGUUGGAGAAACUUUUAAAGUUCCUGACAAUUUCAAAGAAGUGGCAAUCGACGGCGGAACAGAUAUGGCCACUGUUGGUGACAGAUUUUGCUUAGGUCCAUUGAGCAAUGUGCAUCGUACGGAAGCAAGCGAAAAAGCACGACUACAUAUCGGCAAGGGCAUUCGUGUUGAAUGUCGCAACGAAGGUGACGUGUGGAUACGAUGUUUGAGUGAUCAAGCUGUUUUUCUGCAAUCUUAUUAUUUGGAUCGUGAAGCAGGCCGUGCGCCUGGCGAUGCCGUUCACAAAAUCUACUCUCAAGCUUGCAUUAAAGUCUUUGAUAUCCACCAAUGUUUUUCUCAAAUGGAUCAACAUGUCAAAAUGGCUGCUCAUGCUCGAAUGCAACAACAGCUUCAUGGUCAACCUGCACCAUCAACGAGCUUAAGCGUCGAUGAUCUCAGACGUUUGUGUGUGUUGAGACUUAGUUUCGUCAAAGGAUGGGGACCAGACUAUCCCAGACAAUCAAUCAAAGAAACGCCAUGUUGGAUUGAAAUUCAGAUACAUCGUGCUCUUCAACUACUUGAUGAUUUAUUUAAUUCAAUGAAUCAUCAAUUAAAUUCUUCAUCAAUUUCAAAUAACAACAGUAGUUCGUCGAGUUUAACUACGACCACUAUUGAAUCAGCACCUAAUCGUCCACCACAACAUGGUUAA